GUUUACCUUUCAUCUCCUGCAGACAUGAACCCCAGAGGACUCCUGCUGCUGCUUGUCACUGCCUGCAUGGCCAAUGCCAUGCGGCCAAAGGCCUUGUGGCAGUUUGCGGUGAUGAUCGACUGUGCCCAACCCGGCACCAACGCUCUGCUCUACAACGACUACGGCUGCUGGUGUGGCAUCGGCGGGGGGGCCGAGCCGGUGGACGACGUGGACAUGUGCUGUAAGCUCCAUGACCAUUGCUACAAGGCCAGCAGGCUGACCCCAGGCUGCACGGCCAUCGCUGACCUGCCCUACAUCCGGGUCUACGACCACACCUGCGACCACCAGCAGGUCACCUGUUCAGCUUCCAAUGAUAAGUGCCAGGCUGCUAUCUGCGAGUGCGAUAGGGUCGCAGCCCAUUGCUUUGCGAGGGCGAGAUACAACCCUGAGAACAAGAAUCUGGACCAGAAGGUCCGCUGUGCCAACUGAGCUGGAAAACGUACACUUUCAGAGCAUUAACAUCAAAUAAAAGGAAAUGCUGAAGAAAAAAACAUGCAAAGAUGCAACAAUUGUAUUCGUGUUAUUUAA